UUGGCCGUGCCACCUGAGUGCUCCUCAGAAGAGCAACGAUGAUCACGUUCACGAACAACUCGGACAGCGAGGAGGAGCCCUGCAAUGAGAGAACAUCCCUGAUGUCUGCAGAGAGCCCUCCAGUGCCCUCCUACCAGGAUGGCCUGCAGGCCUCCGAAGCGGGGGAGGCGCAGGCACACAGGAAGAGGCGAACAGGCAGCAGCUGUAGCCCCAACAAUGCUGCCAACGGAAGCACGUCCGGCUCGAGCGCGCCAGUGAGAGAGAGCGCUGUGGAAAACGAAGAGGAGGAACUGACUUUGAAAUAUGGAGCAAAGCAUGUAAUCAUGCUCUUUGUGCCUGUCACCCUUUGUAUGAUUGUUGUCGUCGCAACCAUAAAGUCAGUGCGCUUCUAUACGGAGAAAAACGGGCAGCUGAUCUACACACCUUUCAGCGAGGACACCCCGUCUGUGGGCCAGCGGCUCCUGAACUCGGUGUUGAACACGAUCGUAAUGAUCAGCGUCAUUGUCGUCAUGACCGUGUUCCUGGUGCUGCUCUAUAAGUAUCGCUGCUACAAGUUCAUCCAUGGCUGGCUGAUCCUGUCCUCUUUGAUGCUGCUCUUCCUUUUCACCUAUAUAUAUCUCGGGGAAGUACUGAAGACCUAUAAUGUGGCUAUGGAUUAUCCCACUCUCAUUUUAAUCAUCUGGAAUUUUGGGGCUGUUGGAAUGAUUUGCAUCCACUGGAAAGGUCCUUUGCAGCUCCAGCAAGCAUAUCUCAUUAUGAUCAGUGCUCUAAUGGCACUGGUUUUCAUUAAAUACCUGCCUGAGUGGUCAGCGUGGGUCAUUCUAGGUGCCAUCUCUAUCUACGAUCUGAUGGCUGUUCUCUGUCCCAAGGGGCCACUAAGAAUGCUGGUAGAAACUGCGCAGGAGAGAAAUGAGCCCAUCUUUCCUGCGCUGAUCUACUCAUCUGCUAUGAUGUGGACAGUUGGAAUGGCAAAGCGAGACACAGCAGCAAGAGGGCCAAGUCAGCAGACGUGGGAUACAGCUGAGGAUGGGAGAGUGAACCACAGAAGCCCUUCGCACUCAAACUCUGAAAUUUUGGAGACAAGGAGUCCUGGUGCAAUCCACCCUGUCACUUCUGUAGAGGAGCUGGAGGAAGAGGAAAAGGGUGUGAAGCUGGGCCUUGGAGACUUCAUAUUUUACAGUGUGCUUGUUGGGAAAGCAGCUGCCACAGCUAGUGGAGACUGGAACACGACCCUGGCCUGCUUUGUAGCCAUCCUCAUAGGUUUAUGUUUAACACUUUUAUUGCUGGCUGUUUUUAAGAAAGCCUUGCCUGCUCUUCCCAUCUCCAUCACCUUCGGCCUGGUCUUUUACUUCUCAACAGACAACCUCGUGCGACCAUUCAUGGACACCCUGGCUUCCCACCAGCUGUAUAUUUAGAAGCAGAAGAAGUGGAAGUUAGAG